GAGGAGGCGGCCGGCUCGGCGGGGGCCGACGGAGAAACUUCAUCUUCCCCGCCACCGCCACCCCGGUGGAAGAUCGGCAUGGUGAAGUCUGGCCGCCUGGGCCUGUCUCGCUCUGUGGAGAGGCUCCACUCAUCCGGUCCACCCGAACACCCGGAGCGGAGCGGCCCUGGCCGGGCCUGGACUCCCGCUCGCCCGACUCCCUGCUCGCCGCUGCAGGAGGACCCGGAUCCGGCUUACAGUCCGGUCCCAGCUGCACCCGAGCGCCACGCGCCACAGAUGUCGCUGCACCGGACUCGCUCCGUGCCCCUGUCUCCCAACAGCUCUUCGCAGCUUCACGGCGCUGGACACCCCGAGCGCAAGGGUCCCGAUCGCCCCGAGCCGACGAUCGCAGGGGCGGCGGCGCGGCCCCCCGCGCCCCCCCUCUCCGUGCCGCCGCUCUCCCCCGGCGCGACCUCCGGGCCCCCCGGAACGACCCGCGGGCCCCCCGGUGAGGCCACGAGCCCCGUGUCCUCGCAGGAUUUUGUCUACGGGAACAUGGGUGAGGGUCGAGCCAGCAUGGCCCCCGCGAAGCAACCGCGGGCCACGCGCACGGGGGGGCCCAGGGACGCCCCCUCCCUCCCCUGCUCCCCCCGCUCCGCCGCCAACUCGGCGGCCCCCACGCCGAACCCCCCGGCCGGCGCGGCGUGGCCCCCCCCUCCCUCCUCCGACGCCUUCCGGUGGGCCCCGCCCGCCUCCAAGGCCUGCCGGGAGCUGCCGUCCCUGCCGUCCCUGCCGUCCCUGCCGGCCCUGCCGGCCCUGCCGGCCCCGGCUUGGCCCGCCUCUCCCUCGUUACCGCCGCCGCCCGUGCCUCCGGCGCCCGCGUACGGCCCGGCCCCCCCUCCGCCCCCAACGACGCCGCCUCCCCUGCCCCCGCCGCCACCGGCGCCGCCGCAGCAGCCGGCGCCGAGGCCGCCGCCGGCCAAGAAAUCGGCCGAUCCGGCCGUGCGGCUCCCCGACGGCCCGGCGAGGCCCGGCCCGCCGGAGCGGGCCCGCCGGGACGCGGUGGGCCGUGCGGCGACGGCGACGACGCCGGCUUCUCCUUCGUCCUCCGCGUCUUCGCCGUCGCCACCGUGGUCGUCGUCGUCGUCGUCGGCGACCUCGUCGGCCCGCUCGCUGCCGCAGAAGCCGCUUCGUCACGGCAAACCGGACAGGAUGGCGGCGGCGGCGGCGGCGGCCGUGCCGACGACCCUCGGGUGGCGGCCGACGCUGCUGGAGGGCGUGGAGGACAGCGUGGGCGUGGCGGCGAGGAUCCGCUGGCUCCACGCCGACGCCCUCCGCUCGCUCACCGCUCGCUGUCACCGGCUCUUCGCUCUGCCGGCGCCGCCCGAGGAGGGAGGGGCCGGAGGAGACGGAGCCGCCGGGGAGGGAGCGGCGUGGAGCGAUUUCACGCUGCUGUCGCCACGCCCGUGCUGCGCGCUGCCCGGCGCCGUCUUCUACGUGGCGACGCGGAGACGGGGCCCGCCGGGGCCCACAUGCGCACUCAAGGUCUCACUGCGGCCGCGGACCCCCCACCAGGCGGACCCGUGCCCCUCCUCCACCCGUCGCCCGCCCCCCCACUUCAACGUCCUCCGCACGGGGCCUCCCGUGGCCAUGUUCGUCCCCUCGCACCUCGGCCCGCCGCCACUCCCCGCCGCUCCGGGGCCGGUCGCCCCCCUCCCCCCCACCCCCGGCGCCCCCGCGGCGCUGCUCCGCGCCGUGAGCGUCGUCCCGGACGUGCCGCGCCGCCCGCUCUCGGCGCUGGUGCGCUCCACCGUGUCGCUGCACCGCGCCGAGCCCGAGCGCUACGAGCGCCUCGCGUGCCUCCUGCUGCUGCAGCUCGCGGCGGCGCUCGAGCACCUGCAGGCGCACGGCCGCAGCGCCGGGGCCCGGGCCCUGCGGCCGCACAGGCUCUACCUCGCCGCGCCCAGGCCCGAGGCCGCCGCCGCCGUCGCCGCCGCGGCCUCCGACGCCGCGGCCUCCGACGCCGCGGCCUCCGACGCCGACCUCGAGCUGCAGAGGCUGCUCGUCGUCACCGAGGACGAGGAGGAUCACGACGAGGCGGGCGAGGGGGAGGACGCGAGCGGGCACUCUCACCGGGGCGAGUCGGAUGCGUUCCACCUGGGCCUGCUGGCCUACCACCUCGCCCACCUGCCCGACCCCUUCAGCGACGACCCCACGCUGGCCGACCGCCUUCGCGCGCGCCGGCCCGAGCCGCCGCGAGGGGACGGCGGCGGCGACGACGAGGAAGAGGAGGAGCGGGGAGAGCGAGGAGCUGCCGCCCUUCCCGCCGCUGUCGCUGUACUCGGCGGGCCUGCAGCGGCUGGCGCGAUUCCUGGCGACGCGCCGCGGCCGUCGCGCCGCGGCGCUGCGCGACGCUCGCGCGGCGCUGCAGUGCCUCCUGUGGGGGCCCCGCGCCGACGCGGUGCGGCUCAUGGCCGGGGGCGGUCCCCCGGCCCCCCCGCCGCCUCGCGCCGGCGGGAGCGGCCGACCCGCGCUCCGGGCCGAGCCGCUGCAGAACUGGCUCGACGUGAAGCGGGCCCUGCUCAUGGUCAGGUUCGCCGAGCGGUCGCUGGAGGCCGGGGCGGGCGACGGCGGAAGACGAGGAGGGGUGACGCUGGAGGACUGGCUGUGCGCUCAGUACCUCGCGGCGCCGGACCCCGCAGAAAUCUCCCGGGCCGUGAAUCUCCUCCGCAUUGACGCGUCGCCGUGAGCGACGACCCCGAGCGUUGGGGGUCGUCGCCAUGAGCGACGACCCCGAGCGACCCCGGGCGUUGGGGGUCGGGGUCGGAUCCCCCCCCCCCCCCCACCGGCCGGGGUGAGUGGUGGGCGACGGCGUUGAGGCCGCCCUGGGGCCCGGGCGAGGUGGACGGCGGCCCGGUGGCGCUGGGGUUCGUGGUUGCCGUCAGGACUGGGGUUGACGCGACUCUCUCCGUCUUGCACUGGUGGGGGGGGGUCAGGGGGCGGGGUGAGUGUCGGUGAGUGAGUGUGGAUGAGUGUGGAUGAGUGUGGAUGAGUGUGGAUGAGUGUGGAUGAGUG